ACUGACAGUUAGGCGGUGGACGCCGGACUUUAGGUACAAUGUUUCCCUGUUUUGAGUUUUUUAACUAAAGCAUUCUCGUCGCAAGGCACUUUUUGAACAUGGCUUGCUUCGACUCAGAGUUCGACCUGUGGACGAUUCCUCUCGUGGCGCUGAACAUGAGCGUGCGCAAAAAGUUGGGUCUGUACCUCAACCCCAGGAACGCAGUUGCCGCGGACUGGAUGGCCGUGGCGGAGGCCAUGGGCUUCAAUUACUUGGAGAUAAAGAACUACGAGGCGUCCAAAAGUCCCACCGAGUCGGUCUUUGAGGACUGGCAGGCCCGCUCCGCAGACGCGACGGUCGGGAAGCUGCUGUCCAUCCUGGAGGAGGUGGAGAGGAGAGACAUCGUGGAGGAUCUGCGUCCUCUGAUGGAUGAGGAUGUCAGGAAGUAUGGUGAGAACCAGAAGAAGAAUUCAAUGCCCCCCCUGCAGGUGCCGGAGGUGGACAGCUGUUUCCCCCGCACCUCAGAGAGGAUUGGCCUCACCCUGCUGGACCACCCCGAGGCUGCUCCAGAGCGGUUUGAUGCCUUCAUCUGCUACUGCCAGAAGGACUUUGAGUUUGUCCGUGAGAUGAUCCGCGAGCUGGAACAGACCGAGUACAAGCUGAAGCUGUGUGUGUUCGACCGAGAUGUCCUCCCGGGCUCCUGUGUGUGGACCAUCACGAGUGAACUCAUUGAGAAGAGGUGUAAGAGGAUGGUGGUGGUGAUUUCUGAUGAAUACCUCGACAGUGAUGCCUGCGACUUUCAGACCAAGUUUGCUCUCAGUCUCUGUCCCGGAGCUCAAAGUAAACGGCUUAUUCCAGUGAUCUACAAGCCAAUGAAGAAGCCGUUCCCCAGCAUCCUACGCUUCCUCACCAUAUGCGACUACACUCGGCCGAUCACACAGGCCUGGUUCUGGGUACGGCUGGCGAAGGUUCUCGCCCUGCCCUAACCAUGGACCGGGCAGUCAAUUGUUUUUUAAAGGUUCCCUUUUUAUUCUGUAAAGGCAGGUUUGGAUAAUGACCACAUUUGACAAGUUAAUGUUAUAUGCUAUGGCUUAUGAUCGACGUCCUGCACAACACAUACUGAGUUUAUACGAUAUAGUGUGUAUAUUAUGGUGGAAACUAUUUGUUUUCUAUGAAGAUGACACAGAGAUUUCUGGAUAGUGUCACUCUGAAACUCAAGCUGUACAAGGAUAUCAAAAAUGAGUAAAGUUCUCACUGGACCAAGCCAUUAUUAUGUUUUAAAAAACCAAGUUGUGCCAGCCACUGUGAUGUAUUUCUGUUGAGAGAGUGUAGGCCAACAGGAUGUGUUUUAUUUUCGGGGCAGUCUGUAAAUGCUCUAUGAUGGAUCUGUGUUUGUUUUUUGUUUUUCGCUGGCCACUUCCGCUUAUGAGUCAACUUCGAGGUCGGAUUGUAGCGUAGGCUACAAGGAAGCGAUAUUGUGAUUGUGAGUCUUCCACUCGUUCAAUUUUAAUGACUGCUGACACCUUCCUUUCUCUGUCUCAAUGUCUUUACAUUUGAUUUUGUACUUUUAAUAUGGUCAUUACAGAACAGUUUAUUAAAGUGAAUAAAUUAUACAUUGAAAACAUG